AGAUUAGUCAAAGACGUAAGAGAGAGUGUACUAAAUCAUUAAAGGAUACGAGAAGUUUUAUAUAUUUUGUGAAUAGUGUAAUUUUAAUUUAAAGGAGGGAUUUUAAAAACCCACAAAAUGAGGUUGCAUCUUGCUUUGGGGGCAUUAUGUUUCUUGGCCACAGUUCUGGCUAAAGAAGACAAAAAAGAAAAAGAUGAAGUUGGAACUGUAAUUGGGAUUGAUUUGGGAACAACUUAUUCUUGUGUUGGAGUGUACAAAAACGGAAGAGUAGAAAUCAUUGCCAAUGACCAAGGUAACCGUAUCACUCCUUCUUAUGUCGCAUUUACUGCUGAUGGCGAACGUCUUAUUGGAGACGCUGCCAAAAACCAAUUGACCACUAAUCCCGAAAACACCGUUUUCGAUGCCAAACGUCUUAUCGGUCGUGACUGGACCGACAACAGCGUGCAACAAGACGUCAAAUUUUUCCCAUUUAAAGUAAUCGAAAAGAACUCCAAACCGCAUAUCCAAGUGGAAACUGCACAGGGCAACAAGGUAUUUGCCCCUGAAGAAAUUUCUGCUAUGGUUUUGGGUAAAAUGAAGGAAACCGCUGAAGCUUACCUCGGUAAGAAGGUUACCCACGCUGUCGUAACUGUACCCGCCUACUUUAAUGAUGCUCAACGUCAAGCCACUAAAGAUGCUGGUACCAUCGCUGGUCUUAACGUGAUGAGAAUCAUCAACGAACCUACUGCCGCUGCUAUUGCCUACGGUUUGGACAAAAAGGACGGAGAAAAAGACGUGCUUGUCUUCGAUUUGGGCGGCGGUACCUUUGAUGUCUCCCUCCUUACCAUCGAUAAUGGAGUCUUUGAAGUAGUAGCCACAAAUGGUGACACUCACUUGGGAGGUGAAGAUUUCGAUCAACGUGUAAUGGAGCACUUCAUCAAAUUGUACAAGAAAAAGAAGGGCAAGGAUAUUCGCAAGGACAACCGUGCUGUACAAAAAUUGCGUCGUGAAGUAGAAAAGGCGAAGCGUGCUUUGUCUUCAAGCCAUCAAGUCAGGAUUGAAAUUGAGUCUUUCUUCGAAGGUGAUGAUUUCUCCGAAGCUUUAACCAGAGCCAAAUUUGAAGAAUUAAACAUGGAUCUCUUCCGAUCCACCUUGAAACCAGUCCAGAAAGUACUUGAAGAUGCUGACAUGAACAAAAAAGAUGUCGACGAAAUCGUUUUGGUCGGAGGUUCCACUCGUAUCCCCAAGGUGCAACAACUUGUAAAAGAAUUCUUUGGAGGCAAAGAACCAUCCAGAGGAAUCAACCCAGAUGAAGCUGUCGCGUAUGGUGCCGCUGUCCAAGCCGGUGUACUCUCUGGAGAACAAGAUACCGACGCUAUUGUACUUCUUGACGUUAACCCACUUACCAUGGGUAUUGAAACCGUAGGAGGUGUAAUGACCAAGCUUAUUCCGAGAAACACUGUCAUUCCAACCAAGAAGAGCCAGAUCUUCUCCACCGCUUCCGACAACCAACACACCGUCACCAUCCAAGUGUACGAGGGAGAACGUCCAAUGACCAAGGACAACCACCUUUUGGGUAAAUUCGAUUUGACCGGAAUCCCACCAGCACCACGUGGUGUACCACAAAUUGAAGUCACCUUCGAAAUCGAUGCCAACGGUAUCUUGCAAGUGUCCGCUGAAGAUAAGGGAACCGGACACAGAGAGAAGAUCGUCAUUACCAACGACCAGAACAGGCUUACUCCAGACGAUAUCGAUCGUAUGAUCAGGGACGCCGAAAAGUUCGCCGAUGACGACAAGAAACUGAAGGAACGUGUCGAAGCCAGAAACGAACUCGAAAGCUAUGCCUACUCCCUCAAGAAUCAACUCCAAGACAAGGAAAAACUUGGCUCCAAGGUCAGCGAUGACGAAAAAGCCAAGAUGGAGGAAGUCAUCGACGAGAAGAUUAAAUGGUUGGAAGAGAACCAAGACACAGAGGCUGAAGAAUACAAAAAGCAAAAGAAGGAAUUGGAGAGCGUGGUUCAACCAAUCAUUGCCAAGUUGUACCAAGGCGCUGGGGGAGCUCCACCUCCAAGUCCUGGAGGAGAUGAUGAAGAUGAAGAUCUCAAGGACGAGUUGUAGGUGCAAGACUGAAAAUUUGAACUUUACCUCUUUAGCCAAGUGAUGACUGUGUGUAUGAUUGUUGUGUGAUCAAGAGUUUUAUUAGGUAUUUAAUUUUCUUACAAUCCAAAUUUCGUGACUGUCCGUACAUAAUUGGUUUUUUUGUAUUUAUUAAAUAAGGAGAUGUUUUAUAUUGCAAUAUUUACCUGUUUACUGGUAAAUUUAUUUAUUAUUUUGUCAAAUAUAAGUGUAUAAUAAUAUAAAAACAAUCAAUACUUUAUUCACUCCUUAAUUUUUAAUUUUCUUGUACACUUGUAUUUGAAGGCUGUUGAAAUUUUUCAAUAAAAAGAAUACAAUUAU